AUGAAUUUGGAGGAAUAACUAAAAGAGUCAAUAGAACGAGAAUCAGAUGAUAAUGAAAAGAAUGAUAAGAAAGAUUAAGUCUAGCAACCAGAACAAAAGAAAAAAAAGAAGAAGAAUAAAAAGAAAAAGAAAUGGGGAGAGGAAGAGGAAAUACUUACAGAUUUUGAUGAUGAUUGGCAAAAUAAAAUUAAAUAAUCUAAAAUUUUGUAAGAUCCAGACCUCCCUCAACAUAUUAAGGAGAAGUAUGCUAUUUAUGAAAAUAAUCCAUUUAUGAUGAUUAUUUCAAAUGUGCCUUUGAAUGUUUAACUAAAAGAAUUGGAAGAGUAUUUUAAUACGCUCAUUACUUCUCUUGAUCCAAAAAUAAAUGACAGACCAAUCAAAUCUAUUGAAUAUGGUGCCACUAAGUCCUGGGUUGUUUUGGAAUGCAGUUCCAAAGAAGCAAAAAGAGCGUUAGUAACUCAGGAUUAAGUUUAAUUUGUUAACAAUUGCAAAAUUAAGGUGGAGAGACCAAGGAAAUUUUUGGAGAGAAUUCUGAACCCCCAAACCAAAGACGGAGAGCUUAAUCCAGAUUAAAAACAAGAGGAUAACACCAGAUUAUAUUUGGGUGGAUUGCCUACGUAUUUAAGGGAUGAAGAUGUUAUGAAAUUAAUUUAAUCCUUUGGAAUAACCAAGUAUUUCAAUCUAGUCAAGGACACUACUUCUAAUACAGAAAUUUCGAAGGGUUAUUGUUUUUUUGAAUAUGAAAACGCUCAGUCUACAGCCAAGGCUCUUAAAGCUCUCAAUAACUUAUAAAUCGGAGAUAAGAAGUUGAAGAUUUGUAAGGUAUAAGGAGAAACUCAAUAAAAUAAAAAAAUAAAUGGGAAGGAUCAACCAUCCAAUUAUGCUGGUUCAUUCUUAGCUUCUUGUGAUUUACUUAGAAUACCUUAAGUUUAAUAGAUGUUAACAAUUCCACAAUCAGCUUUGAUACCUAGCAAGGUCGUUUAAUUUUUGAAUAUGUGCUCCAUUUAGGAUUUAUAUGAGGAUGACAUUUUCGAGGAAUUGAUGGAAGAUAUAAGGAGUGAAUGCAUGCGUUAUGGAUAAAUCGAAAAAAUCGAGAUUCCCAGACCUGAUAAGGAAUCAGGCUUCUGCAAUCCUGCUGUUGGAAAAAUAUUUGUUAAGUUUUAUUAUUAAAUUCCUGCAAAGAAGGCCAAAUUUCAUUUAGCUGGUCGUACAUAUAAUAAGAGAACUAUUAUUACUUCAUUUUAUCCUGAAGAAUAAUUUGAUUAUAAAGACUAUUUGAUAAAUGGAUGA